GAGCGCCGGCCUCCCUCUCCCUACCACCACGCCCGUCGAAUGUUACCGACCACAACUCGCCUCCAUCUGCAGCGACUCCUCCUCCCUGCUCUCUCCGCCGCAUUGCAGCAUGUGCCCUUCUUUCGCAGCGACCCCCACGGCACUCACCAGCUCGCCAAGCGCGACAGCCUCUCUACUGGCCAGAAGGCCGCCUAUGGCGUUCUCAUCCCCGUGCUCGUCAUCUUGUCUGGCAUAUUUGCCGGGCUAACCCUCGGCUACAUGUCGCUCGACGAGACCCAGCUGAACGUGCUUAGUAUCAGUGGCACUGCAAAGCAGAAGGAGUAUGCCAACAGGAUCAAGCCGAUCCGCAAGAACGGGCACCUGCUCCUCGUCACGCUCCUCCUCGCGAACAUGAUCACGAACGAGACCCUGCCUGUUAUUGCGGACCCCGUCCUCGGCGGUGGCGUCCAGGCCGUCGUCGUCAGUACCGCGCUCGUCGUGAUCUUCUCUGAGAUUAUCCCGCAGUCGCUGUGUACGCGUUACGGAUUGUUCUUUGGCGCCAAAAUGGCGGGCGUAGUGCAGAUAUUGAUCUAUGCCUUUGCCAUCGUCGCUUGGCCCGUCGCGAAGCUCCUCGAGUUCGCGCUCGGCCCCCACCAUGGUAUUAUCUACCGGCGCGCGGAGCUGAAGGAGCUCAUCGCAAUGCACUCUGAUGUGGGUGAGCUCGGCGGAGACCUAAGGAAGGACACCGUCACGAUUAUCGGAGGCGCGCUCGAUCUGCAGGAAAAGGUCGUAAAGCAGGCAAUGACGUCGAUUGAGAAUGUGUUCAUGCUAAGCAUCGACGCGAAGCUUGACUACGAGACGCUGCGGAAGAUCUGCCAGACGGGCCACUCGCGUGUGCCGGUGUAUGAGGAGGUAGACAUCCCCGCCCCGACGGCGGUCGCCGGGACGCCUGUUGUGAGAGAGGCGGGCAAGGCGGGCGCCAAGGACCCCGCUGAGGCUCUGACGAGCGCGGGGGGCGCCUCGCCGAGCGCGAAGACGAUCAAGGCAAAGAAGAUCAUUGGGAUCUUGCUGGUGAAGCAGUGUGUGUUGCUAGAUCCCGCGGAUGCCACGCCCGUGCGCAAGAUCCCGCUGAACAAGGUGCCGAUCGUGCCGCACAACGAGCCGCUGCUCGGGCUCCUCGACAAGUUCCAGGAGGGCCGCUCCCACAUCGCGAUCGUGUCGCGCUUCAGUGUCGAGCGCGCGCAGAGCGUCAAGAAGGCCGUCAAGCAGGGCCUCACGCAGCGCCUGCGGUCCGCGAUCCGCGACACGGACAGCGAGGACGAGUCCAGCAGCGAUGAUGAGGCCGCGGCGCCGCCUAAGCGCUGGAACUUGCGCCGCAAGAAGAGCGAUGAGAGCAAGAGCAGUAGCACCGGCAGCGCAAAUGCUACGACUCUUCGCGAGUCCAGCCACGGUGACGGCAGCGAGGAGGAGGGUGCUAUACCGCGCCCGAAAAAGAUGCGCGCAUUCGGGGGUCGGGGCAGGAGAAAGCACAAGGCCGCGAAACCGGAGGACGUCGACUUGGAAUUGGGUGCCGUGAGUACCUCAGAUGGCAAGGACGAGAAGAAGGAGGACAGCAAGAGCAAGAGCAGGCUGCCGGGCUUGUCUGUUCCGCCGGGCCGCGGCUUCUGGGGUCGGGAACAAGAUAUGCCCGCUGAUGCUGUGCUGUCGACUGAGAAUGCGGAAGAGUUCUUGCAGAGCGUGGACCCGGCGGUCAUGCCCUUCGGCAUCAUCACACUCGAAGAUGUCCUUGAAGAGCUGAUUGGUGAGGAGAUUUACGACGAGUUUGAUCCUCAGGGACAUCCGGAGUUGGCCUACGCCGGCGAGUCCAAGCCCAAGGCGCAGAAGCUCAAGAUGCCGGGAGGCGCGGUGAUUCGUCGCAGGCGCUCUGCUCCUCAGCUAGUAGCUUCUGCGGACGCUGACAAUGCGGUGAUUGCGCCCGUUGUCGUUGUGUCCUCACCACCCUCGUCUGCCGCGGAGACCGUCAGCGUUCCCGGCCAACCUUACAAGUUUCCGCCGCCGUCCAUCGUGAAACCGUCGGCGUUGCGCGGCCUGAACCCGCUGAACUUGAUGGCCCUCGGGAAGAUAUCCCGCUCUCGGAGUGCCCCACCGACACCUAGAGACAAGACCGCUGCUCGUCCCAAGGACGGAGACAGCACGCCUGCUCCGGUCCCGGAGGGCGAGGUUGUCGAGUCUCCUGAACCCACGCGUAUUGACCUUGGCCCCGGCAUACUGGUAGAGCAGGUGAAUAACGACCCUCCGCCCGACGCCUCCGAUGCCUUUGUUAAGGCGGACAGUAUUGCUGUUCCUGCGGCCGUGCCGGAGAUCGUCCACCUCGAGUCUCGCGCGCGCUCUCGGCUUUCCCCACCCAGCUCUCCCCGUCUUGGACCGUCGGGGUCUACCAGUCUCGCGCCUCCCUUGCUCGCCGCGUCGAGCAAGCCGGCCUCGCGGAGCACGUCCCCGUCGCCUUCGUUGGAGCACGCGAUUAUGCUCGAACGGAAGCGGCGUGCAGCGUCUGCCGGCGCUGGGUCGAUGACUGCGCCCAAGGGCCUCAGGUUCAAGAGCAGUCCGCUGACGGGCGAGCGCACGGGCCUCAUCGUCGCGGAGCACAUCAAGCGAGAACGGAGCAUGGGCGAGGAGGUCGAAUCAAUACCAGGGCCUGAGAAGGACAAGGAAGGACCGGAUAUAGAGGGCCCGGACGCGGGUAGUGACGAGUGACGGGGGUGCGCACGAGCUCGGCGUGGUCUUGUGGAUGGAUUAAUGUGUUUCUUGUACAUGAGUUAUGUCGCAUGAUUGAGGAUUGGCCUUUACCCUUCCAUGACAACUAGACGUUCUGCGCUUUGCAUUGAAGUUCCGGUUAUGUUGUGUCUUAUACUCUGGUGGCGAUGUGUACGAUGUAUACCUGUAGUAGAGUGCUCGUGUCGGAGUCGAAGUCGACAGAACUGCUGUAAUUCUUCUGGACUGCACGUAUCAUGCAACCGAUCUCACGGACCACCGGGUCCUGCAAGCCCGCAUUUG